AUGCGGAAAGAAAGGAGAAGCUUUUUCGAGGUGAACCCGGAAAGUUGCAUGCAAGCUAAAUUUUUUUGCGAGAUUCUUGCGCCUGAGAGGAGUGAUCGAAGCAAAAAUCGAAGAAAGAGAGCACGAGACGAUUUACCGCGAGCAGCAGAAAAAGGCAAUAACGAAUCGUUUGGAGUAUCGAUUUUGACUCGGUGGCAAUAUGGGUCAAGGAUGAACCUCAAUCCGAAAAACCUAUGGAUAUGGGUCAUGGGUGUGUGUACGAACACCGAUUCUGCACUUCAAUCGGCAUGCAAAGGCGGCCACAAGAACGAUAGUAUCGUGAGUCCCUCAACUUUCGAGUCCUUUUGUUCGAUCAACGCGAGCGUUUUAGAAUCAACUCAUCCUUCAAAGAUUGGACGUUCGUCGAAGAAGAUUGACAGAGAGCAAUGA